AUGCACCACGCCGAUACGCGCACUUUCUUGAAGUACUACCUCGACCGACGGAUUAACAAGAACCUUCCUGCCAUUAUCCGAGGUCUAAAUCCUGAUAACGACAUUAUGCAUGCAGCUUGUCGAAUGAGCCGGACCAUUGACCCCGAUCGCCCACAAGAAUUAACGACCGCCCAAGCCUCCUCAGUCAAUGAAUGGCCUGAAAUUACUACCCUUAUCUAG